CUCACCAUAGAUUGGAAAAGAACACCCAUUUCUCUGCUGCUUUUUAAGUGGACUUUUGGGGGGACACAUUUUCAGAGAGAGAAAUACAAAAAAAAACAGUGCUCGCCGGAGAGUCACACGUUCCGUUGUCUUCGCCGGUUGUUUGCCGGGCAACCGCAAUGGGAAGUCUUCUUGACCCAUCUGCGCAAGAGUUCAGACCGACAUACUGCCUCGUCACUCCUGCUCCCAUUCCCACCCAAAUUCCGAUCUUUAGGGCUUCACCUCCGCAGCUGUUUUAUCCGUACCCCCCUCAAACAGUUGCGUUUGUUGAUACCUCGGUUGGGUUCCCGCAGUAUCCGGCUCCUGUGCUUCCGACUUAUGUGGUGCAACAGCCGUCGUUACCUCCUCCGUCGACGGCGGCGACGCGUUCGCUGCUGCUGUCGUCGGUUCUAAGUGACGUGAGUGAGACGUUGGUGCGGAGGGAAUUGGAGGUAUUCGGGGAGGUGCGUGGGGUACAGAUGGAGAGGGUUUUGGACGGGAUCGUGACGGUUCAUUUCUACGAUCUGAGGGACGCGGAGAGGGCGUUGAAAGAGAUUCGAGAGCAGCACAUGCAGCAGCAGACCCGGCUGAAGAACCACUACAUGAGUUUAACGACGUUGGGUCCUGGUGGUGAGAGCAACGCGUUCCCGCCACAACCUCCGCCGGCGCGUGGGCUCGUAGCUGGACGAGCCGUUUGGGCCCACUUUGUCGUUCCAUCUUGUAAUGCAGUCCCUAGCGGGAAUAAUCAAGGGACUGUUGUUGUUUUCAACUUGGACUCCGCCGUCUCCUCCUCGGAGCUGAAGGAAAACUUCCAGUCUUUUGGUGCAAUAAAGGAACUGAGGGAGACGCCGGGCAAGAAAAAUCAGAGGUUCAUAGAGUUUUACGACGUAAGAGACGCGGCAAAGGCCUUGAAAGAAUUGAAUGGAAAGGAAAUUAAUGGGAGACAGAUUGUGAUCGAGUUCAGUCGCCCUGGAGGCCACACUGGGAAGUUAAUCAACAAAGCCGCCGUUACUGGCUCCGCCACAAUCCAUAGUAAAAACAUCGUCACAAGUAGUCCGCGCCCAAGGCAUCCAAGAUACCUUCCUCCUCCGCCGCCACCUCCUGGCAAAUUCUCCAGUCACUUGCCUUCCAAUGUUUCCCCUGGUUCUUUUCUGUCCCAAAAACGGCCCUCCACAAUUAAAUCACCGAAUCCAGGCACGCCUAAUGGGAAUAGCAGUAGAUGUAUUUCUGUAGAAGCUUCCAUGGGCAAACUGUCGUUGAGUGGUGGCAGUGGCGACGAAAUUGAAAAGAAAGCUGGCAAUGGAAUUCCCAAAAAGAGCGCCAAAAAGAACCAUAAUAGUCCGUCAACAGCCUCUAGUUCUAAGCAGCAGUAUUCCCGAAAUCGGCCGUGGAAGAGUAAACAGGUGAAAAGGUUCGACCCUCGUUUUCUCAUAAGCCAAGAUGUUAUGAUCGAGGCUGAUAGCCGAGAUUCCCGAACCACCGUCAUGAUCAAGAAUAUACCCAACAAAUACAGUCAAAAACUGCUCCUGAAUAUGUUGGAUAAUCAUUGUAUACAUUGCAACGAGCAGAUUUCCGACGGCGACGAUCAGCCGUUGUCGGCCUAUGAUUUCGUUUAUCUCCCCAUUGAUUUCAAUAACAAAUGCAACGUGGGAUAUGGGUUUGUGAACAUGACGUCGCCGGAGGCGACAUGGAGACUGUACAAGGCGUUUCAUCAUCAGCACUGGGAGGUCUUUAACUCCAGAAAAAUCUGUGAAGUUACAUAUGCUAGAGUUCAGGGAGUGGAAGCUUUGAAGGAUCAUUUCAAGGACUCAAAGUUUCCAUGCGAGCUAGAUCAUUACUUGCCGGUGGUGUUUUCGCCACCUCGAGAUGGGAAACAGUUGACGGAGCCUGUUCCUAUUGUGGGUCCAAAGAAGGAAAAGAAGCAGCAGAUCGUCUGCGACGACUCCUCCAAAUCUACUAUUGCUACUACUGAUGAUGAGGAAGACGAUGUGACCGCCGGCAGUUCUGAUUCACAACAACAAGCCAGUAUUAUUACCGAUUCUGCCAAUCAUUCCACCUGCAUCUCUGUCCCCGUUGACUAAAAUGAUGAGGAAGACGGCGGCGGCGGCAUUCUUAGGCCGAGCGGUGGCGGCGGCGAAACAUCAUCAUGGGGACAAAAGAUAAAUGUUGCAAGGUUUUUUUUUUUGAAAGUGGGUUCGUUCGUAUGUGUGGAUUUAUUACUCAUGAACGUAAUAAUGUAAAAAAGUUAGUUUACUAAGAGCCAAGGCAGGCAGUAUCCAUUCAGAGCCUUUCUGUUGUUGGUUUUUGCUGCAGCAACCAAUGACUGAAACGGUGCGUAUUGAGCUCCGAGCCAGGAGCUCAUCUUCCAUAGCUGCCGCAGACUGUUGCAGCCAUCACAUCUUCUACCUACAGCUGUAUGCCUCUACCUUUUGCUUAAUUUUCAUUAGAAAAAUUAAUAAUGAAGUUUCUCCUUU